AUGCCCUUCAAAGAAAUACAAGGUGAUCUAUUUGUCGACCCAGAUCCAACCGAUGCUUUAGCUCAUUGCGUUUCACAAGAUCUCCGUAUGGGCAAGGGUAUUGCUGCAAUUUUCAAAAAAAAGUUCAAUGGUCUCAGCGAACUUAAACAACAAAAUAAAAAAGUUGGUGAAGUUGCUCAUCUUUACCGUGAAAAUCGGUACAUCUUUUAUUUAAUAACCAAACCUACUGCUUGGGACAAACCAACUAAAGAUGAUUUUAAAAAAUCUUUGGUUGAAUUGAGAAAUUCAUGCGAAAAACUUGGUGUUACCAAAUUGAGCCUUCCUCGUAUUGGAGCAGGUUUGGAUGGCCUAAGACUCGAUUUUGUUCAUGAGUGUGUUUCUAACACAUUUGAAGAGAGCAAUAUUGAAGUGACCAU